CCUUCCCUCCCCCAGAUCGCAACUAUUUAGGGCUUUCGCUCCAGAUCGCAAGGGUCCCAAAACGGUCAAUGGCCACGCAGCGCGCAUGCUAGGAGUCAGCAGCCACCCUCUUCCGGGGCGAUGGGCAACACCAGCAUCACCGAGGGCAAGACCGCCCUGGCUGUGGGAAGCACCUCCAUCGCCAGGGGGAAGACCACCGUCGCCAUGGGCAACUCCUCCAUCUUCCGCGGAGUGACCACCACCUCCAUGGGAGACUCCACCAUCCAGAGGCAGAAAACCACCGUGGCUCUCGGACGAGCCAGCUUCAGCCGAGGGACCACGACCACCUCCUUCCGCAAGGCGCUCAUGCCCAAGCGCAGGAACACCUAGAUGGAGCGGACCCCGGGAGCCGGCGCCGCAGCACAUAAGAAGAAGUCUAAAAUCGACUCUGAGAGCGAGUGGAAGACGAGCUAUUCAUCCAGCAGAACUUCUUUCAGCAAAGGGAAAUUUUCCCUGCUGGGCACCAAGUACGCCAUCUCCUGGGGCCAAUUCUCCAUCUCCUGGAGCAGAAGCACGCUAACUUUGGGGAAGAGCGGAGUCGCCGUGGGCAAGACCUCGGUCACACGGGGUGGGACCACCAGCACCAUCACCACGCUGACCUUCACCCACGGGACCAAGUGCGCAUCUGUGGUCAGGACCACCCUCAGCAGGGGCGACAAGACCCACAGUCAUGUCUAUUGGAAUUACCGGCCGUGAAUCCAGCACAUAAAAAAAAGAAAAACGGGGGAGAUGUAUGUCUCAAUCCAGUAUGUACACCCAAAAGAAAAUC